AUGGAUCCUAUGCCGAAUCCAGUUCCAAAUCCCUGGGCGGAUGCCAGACUGGAUCCUAUACCGAAUACCAUGCUGGAUUCUAUGCAGAAUCCCUGGCUUGAUCCUCUGCAGAACCCCAGGCUAGAUCCUAUGCCGAAUCCCAGGUUGGAUCCUAUGCAGAAUUCCAGGCUUGAUCCUCUGCAGAACCCCAGGCUAGAUCCUAUGCCGAAUCCCAGGCUGGAUCGUAUGCCAAAUCCCAGGCUGGAUCUAAGGGCGGAUCCCUCGGCAACUCCCAGGGCGGAUCCUAGGCCAGAACCCAUGCCGGAUCCAGAAACUGAUCCCAGGCCAAGUGCUAGGUCGCAUAGCGGACGAGGGAUAAUAGAUUUCAAUUGUCGCCUUGAAUUUCAGUUCUAG